CGCUAAUAAUUUCAUUUUCUACCAACAAACGCCGUCACUUCUACCAACUCAGGACUCAGGACUUCAGGAGUACCUCAUUUCACCUUCUAUCAGUCACUCUCCUUUUCUCCUCCUUCACGAUUGAUCGAAACUCGAGGUUGAUUCACCAGGAGAGAGAAACAGCGAUCGAGAGAGAGAAAUUUCUGUGUUUUUCGAACGAAGUAAUUUUUCGAUUAAUCAGAAUAUUCUCCAAUCGUCGAUCUUAAAUUUUAGGGUUCCGGCGACUCCAUUUUUUCCGACUGUUCAAAUUUAAUGGCAUCGGAGGAUGUGAAGACUAGUGAAUCAGCCGUUUCGACGAUCGUAAACCUUGCUGAAGAGGCCAAGAUUGCUAGAGAAGGCGUUAAAGCUCCCAGCUAUGCUGUUCUUACCAUCUGCAAGUCUCUCGUUGCUGGUGGUGUCGCCGGAGGAGUGUCUCGUACUGCUGUUGCUCCCUUGGAACGCCUUAAGAUAUUGCUCCAGGUUCAAAAUCCACAUAGCAUUAAAUACAAUGGAACUGUUCAAGGGUUAAAGUAUAUAUGGCAGACGGAAGGAUUUCGAGGACUGUUCAAGGGUAAUGGAACAAAUUGUGCACGCAUUGUGCCAAACUCUGCAGUCAAGUUUUUCAGCUACGAGCAAGCUUCUAAGGGCAUAUUGUGGUUACAUCAGCAACGGAGUGGAAAUGAGGAUGCUGAACUCACUCCUUUAUUGCGUCUUGGGGCUGGAGCAUGUGCUGGCAUCAUAGCGAUGUCUGCAACUUACCCGAUGGACAUGGUACGGGGCAGGAUCACCGUACAGACUGCAAAGUCUCCAUACCAGUACAGAGGCAUGGUCCAUGCGCUAUCAACAAUUCUUCGUGAGGAAGGUCCACGCGCUUUAUACAAGGGCUGGCUUCCCUCUGUGAUCGGAGUUAUUCCAUAUGUUGGUCUCAAUUUCGCUGUGUAUGAGUCAUUAAAGGAAUGGUUGGUGAAAGCUAGGCCAUUUGGAUUAAUACAAGAUAGUGAGUUGAGCGUGACAACAAGGCUCGGAUGUGGGGCUGUUGCAGGGACUAUUGGCCAAACUGUUGCUUACCCUCUCGAUGUUAUUCGCAGAAGGAUGCAAAUGGUUGGUUGGAAAGACGCUUCAUCUAUAGUAACCGGUGACGGAAGGGAAAAAGUCCCAUUACAGUACAAUGGCAUGAUCGAUACAUUUAGAAAAACCGUCAGACACGAGGGCUUCAGAGCUCUGUAUAAAGGCCUGGUCCCUAAUUCAGUAAAGGUUGUGCCAUCCAUAUCGAUUGCGUUUGUGACGUAUGAGGUGGUGAAAGAUGUUUUGGGAGUUGAAAUGAGAAUAUCAGACUGAAGUUGCUGAUUUGGGGUCUUAAAAUCAGAUAUAAAUUUUCUUCUUUUGGGUAGGCAUUUGAAAGAAUUAGGUAAAUUUUGGUUGAUGUAUUGUAUUUUUGCCCAAUUUAGAACAAGCUAAGCUAGUACCAGAUGCUAGCCUGUUUUAUAUGUUGCUUCUCUGUUUCCUGUCAGGGGUCCUUCAGAAAAUCCCAAUUAUUUGGUUGUCAAUUUUAAAUUUAAAUGCUUAUUUGUAAUAGUAAGUAGUUGCAAUAAUAAAUUGAUGGAUCCAUUUGCAGA